AUGGUGAAAGCUGUUGUUCUCGGUGCCUCCGGCGGUAUUGGUCAGCCAUUGUCUCUGCUCUGCAAGAUCUCCACGCUCAUCGAUGACCUCGCCCUAUUCGAUGUGGUCAACACUCCAGGUGUGGCAGCAGAUCUGUCACACAUCUCCUCCAAAGCUAAAAUUGAGGGCUUCGUGGCCGCCAAGGGUGACAUGAAAGGCGAGACAGAAGAGACAGAAUCAGCUAAGAAGAAUGCUCUGACUGGUGCUGAUGUUGUCAUCAUCCCAGCCGGUGUACCAAGAAAGCCUGGUAUGACCCGAGACGACCUGUUCAACAUCAAUGCCAGCAUCGUCAAGGGUCUCAUCGAGGCCUGUGCCAAGUACUGCCCAAAGGCAGCCAUCCUUGUUAUUUCCAACCCAGUCAACUCCACCGUUCCUAUCGCCGCCGAGGUUUUGAAGAAGGCUGGUGUUUUCGACCCAAAGAAACUGUUCGGUGUAACCACAUUGGACGUUGUAAGAGCUGAGACAUUUGUUCAAGACAUCUCAGGCGAGAGAAACACGAGCAAGGUUGAUAUCCCAGUCAUCGGUGGUCACUCUGGUGCAACGAUCGUACCGCUGUUCUCUCAAGCCAAACCGUCGGUCAACAUCCCAUCGGAGAAGCUCGAUGCUUUGGUGAACCGAGUGCAAUUCGGUGGUGACGAGGUCGUCAAAGCCAAGGACGGUGCCGGCUCCGCAACUCUGUCAAUGGCAUAUGCUGGUUUCCGGUUUGCUGAGUCGGUAAUCAAGGCCAUGAAGGGCGAGAAGGGCAUCGUCGAGCCAACCUUCGUCUACCUACCAGGUGUACCAGGUGGUGAGGAGAUUGCCAAGCAGACCGGCGUGGAUUAUUUCUCGGUUCCUUGCGAGCUGGGACCCAGUGGUGUGGAGAAGGCCAACAACCCUCUAGGCACAGCCAAUGACUACGAGAAGAAGUUGAUCGACGAGGCCAUCAAGGGUCUCAAGACCAAUAUCGAGACUGGUGUCAGCUUCGCCAAAAAAUAG